AUGACGGAUCCGAAGCAGCACGCUACGAGACGACGGCUAUUUGCGCAGCCAUUCUCGAAUUCGUGUAUAACCACAUUUGAACCUCCUAUCAGACGGAAGGUUGACCUAGCAGUUUCCAAGAUCAGGCGGGAUGCCGAACAAGGCUCUGCAGAUAUCCUGAAAUGGUUCACUUUUAUGGCAACGGACGUGGCAGGAGAGUUGAGUUUCGGAACGUCAUUCGAUAUGCUACAGCAUGAACAGAAAUCUCCAUACAUUCGAGACCUGGAGACUGCCAUGAUGAUAUCAGGGAUACGCUCCGAGCUCCAACCGCUGCUUAAGCUAGCGAGCUAUCUUCCCCUCAGAUCACUGCGUCAUGCACUUGCAAUCAACGAGAGGCUGAACUCGUAUGGCCACGAGGCCAUUCAGAAUCAUAAGGCACACGUCGCUGCAAAGCAAGGACCAGUUGCAACCAGUCUCUUCUCCAAGUUCCUGGACCCAAAGAAGAACCAAGAACUGUCUGAUGCUGAGAUUGAGCAGGAGGCGUCAAACCUGAUUGUCGCAGGAAGUGACACGACUGCUGUAUCCCUGACGUACCUCAUCUGGGCCGUAUUGCGGCCAGAUAACAGCCACAUCCGGGAGAGGCUGAUGAACGAAAUCAGCACACUACCUCUUGACGCCAGGGGAAGUGAUCUGGGCUCCUUGCAAUAUCUGAAAGCCGUUGUUGACGAGGCACUGAGACUAUAUGGCGCUGCGCCGGGAAGCCUUCCCAGGGUUGUGCCUAUUGCCGGCACUAUAUUGGGCCCGUACCACAUACCCGGAGACGUGACCGUGAGCACACAAGCAUUCACAAUACACCGAGAUCCCAACAUCUUCAGAAACCCUGAAAGAUUUGAUCCAAGUCGAUGGGAGAAUCCUACUCAGGAGAUGAAGGAUGCGUUUUCUCCAUUCGGAGCUGGCUCACGUACGUGCAUCGGAAUACACCUGGCUAUGCUCGAACUGUUGCUGGGGACUUUCCUUUUCUUCAAGCGGUGUCCCACAGCGGUCUUAUCACCCACGACGACGAAUGAGUCCAUGGAGUUCGAGAAUUAUUUCUUGAUUGUGCCGAAGAGUCAUCGCUGCGAGAUACAGUUGCGACAAGCGUGA